UGAAAUGCUGCGCUGCGAGUGAGUGAUAUCGACAAUUAUAGUUGAACUGAAUCGCCUGAAGAAAGGGGAUAGUAAUUUCAAGACGACCUAUUCAAGAAAUUUGUUUGGAUUUUGCUCCUAUAUGUCCUCCGGUUUUAGCGGUGCUGUUUUUACGCAAAGGCAUGUUUGGCUAACCUACUGGUUUGAUCCGCAGUUUGGAGACAUCCAAAACACCUGACCUAUCUCCUCACAGCAGAGGUUGGUUGCCUCUGUCUUGGUUUUAAGAUCCAGGAGUAAAACAACGUAAAUAACUUAAUGGACAGAAGUGGGAUCAAACAUUUACACGUUGUGGAUGUAGCCUCCCUCAACUUUGGUUUUCAAUCAGACAUGAUAGUCUAAUAUUACGCACUUCGAUUGCGAAAUUCCAGAAUGGCUUUUUUUGUCAGGGGAUACCACGGUAUAGCCUACGGACACUAGCACGCUGCUUGGGAUUCCCAUAACUUCACAAUAGGCUAGAGCUCUAUUUAUUUCAUAAGUGGGUUAGAACCUCCCUCUGCUCCCUCGGAUCUCCCACGGAUAUACACAGUCCAAAAAAGAAAUUCCUCUCUAUUAAAAAAAGCCAACUGAGGUGAAGUAUCCGAACAGUACUGAAUCAACUGGCGAGAUCCUACAGCUGGCAAGUUUACGCACCUCUUCAUCCGCGUGCGGCCGUUCAACUCGCACCCUCAGGCAAGGGUAGAAAAGGCACGUUGCCCAUGGGCCACAUCUAAUGGACGUCAGACAGGCCUGAUAUUUGUAUGGGUCUUUCUCAUCAUCCAAAGCUGCUGAGGCAGUCCGCGCGUCGUGGGUGGACCACACUAACCUGCCAGCUCUAACAGCCAGCCAGCCAGGCCAUUAGCCGCCACAGCAGCACCUCCACCCACAUCAAAGGAGCAGAGUCCCAGUAACCAGACGUCCCUGGCCAUGAUGCAGGAGCCCCAGGACGUGGUGGAGGAGACGGUGGUCGUCGAGGAGGACCCCGGCACCCCCACCUCCCACGUCUCCGUGGUCACAUCAGAGGACGGCACCACGCGCCGCACAGAGACCAAGGUGACAAAGACUGUGAAGACGGUGACCACGCGGACGGUGCGGCAGGUGCCGCUGGGCCCCGACGGCCUGCCCUUGCCUGAGGGCUCCUCCCCGCUGGGAAGCUACACGGACUCCAUCGACCGCCGCUACUUGAAGAAUGGCAGCGUCGGCGGCAGUGGCUACAUCACGCCACAGGCCAGCUCCACGCUCGGCCGCUCCUACAACAACUCCUCCUACAUUGCCGCCGCCGGGGACUCGUACGUCGACACGGCCGCGCCCAACAGCCAAUACGGCAGCGGCAUUGUAGGCGGAGGGGGCGCACACCACCACUACGCCCUCCACGACGGCUACGGAGACAUGGUGGCCGACAACUACGGCAGCCUGUCGCGCGGGCUAAACUACCGGCCGCCGGGGCGCUACCCCCCGUACAUGGCCGGCGGCGGCUACCGGCCCGAGAACAGCUACAGCACGCUGCCCAUCCGCAAGGACGACUAUGGGCACGUGGCACAGCCCCAGGUGCCUAUGGGCAGCAGCAGCGUGGACCUCAGCAUGGGCAUGAACCUGAACCGCUCGCAGCCGGAGCGCUUCCAGCCCGAACCCUACGGUCUGGAGGACGACCGGCGCAGCCUGGGGCCUGAGGACGAGGAGCCCUACGAGCUGGAGCCGGACUACUCCACCGCUAGCCGACGCACUCUGGGGGCCGCCGACCGCGGACGCGCCAUGAGGGAGCCCAUCAGAGAUGGCCCACGGGGCAGAGGUGGCUAUGACGACCCCAUCGAGGCAGAGCUGAUCGACGAGCGCCACGCCUACGCCCACGGCAUGUACCCGGCACCGCUGGCCCAGCCGGAACGUGGCAGCAUGGCCAGCCUGGAUCGCAUGGCCACCGUGGACCGUAUGGCCACCAUCGACCGCAUGGGCACCAUCGACCGCAUGGGCACCAUCGACCGUAUGGCUACAAUUGACCGUAUGGCCACCCUGGAUCGCAUGGCAACCAUUGACCGCAUGGCCACCAUGGAUCGCAUGGGCACUCUGGGCGGCCGCCGCUCGCCGUCGGUGGACAGCAUCCGCAAGGACCCGCGCUGGCGCGACCCGGACCUGCCCGAGGUGAUCGCCAUGCUGGAGCACCCCAUCGACCCGGUCAAGUCCAACGCGGCCGCCUACCUGCAGCACCUGUGCUACGAGAACGACAAGAUCAAGAAGGACGUGAGGCAGCUGAAGGGCAUCCCCGUGCUGGUGGGGCUGCUGGACCACCCCAAGCCAGAGGUGCACCGCAAGGCCUGCGGCGCCCUGCGGAACAUCUCCUACGGCAAGGACAACGACAACAAGGUGGCCAUCAAGAACUGCGACGGCAUCCCCGCGCUCAUACGCCUGCUGCGCAAGACCAACGACAUGGAGGUCCGCGAGCUCAUCACAGGAACGCUGUGGAACCUGUCCUCCUAUGAGCCCCUGAAGAUGGUGAUCAUCAACCACGGCCUGCAGACCAUGACCAACGAGGUCAUCAUCCCCCACUCGGGCUGGGAGCACGAGCCCAACGAGGACUCCAAGCCACGCGACGCCGAGUGGACCACCGUCUUCAAGAACACCUCCGGCUGCCUGAGGAAUGUGAGCUCUGACGGUGCGGAGGCCAGGCGGCGGCUACGAGAGUGCGAGGGCCUGGUGGACGCUCUGCUGCACGCCCUGCAGUCCGCCGUGGGCAAGAAGGACAUGGACAACAAAUCGGUGGAGAACUGUGUGUGCAUCAUGAGGAACCUGUCGUACCACGUGCAUAAGGAGGUUCCGGGGGCCGAGCGCUUCCAGGACGGGGCCGGCCCGCAGGCCCCGGGCUCCGCGGGGCCCCAGCGCAAAAAGAAGGACGACGCCGGCUGCUUCGGGGGCAAGAAGGCCAAAGAGGAGUGGUUUAAUCAAGGGCGGAAAAACGGCGAGAACGACAAAAGCUACGACACGCUGGAUCUGCCCAAGCGCACAGAGCCUACAAAAGGUUUCGAGCUGCUGUAUCAGCCAGAGGUGGUGCGGCUCUACCUGUCCCUGCUCACCGAGAGCCAGAACUACAACACACUGGAGGCUGCCGCCGGAGCGCUGCAGAACCUCAGCGCCGGGCAGUGGACUUGGUCCAACUACAUUCGUGCCACGGUGCGUAAGGAGAAAGGCCUGCCUAUCCUGGUGGAACUUCUACGCUCGGACUCCGACAAGGUGGUGCGGGCAGUGGCCAUCGCACUCCGUAACCUGUCCAUCGACCGCCGGAACAAAGACCUCAUAGGGAGCUACGCCAUGAGGGACCUGGUCAGCAACCUGCCGAGCGGGCAGCAGCGGCCGGCCAAGAACCUGGAGGAGGACACGGUGGUGGCCAUCCUCAACACCAUCCACGAGAUCGUCACCGACAGCUCGGAGAACGCCCGCUCGCUCAUCACGGCGCAGGCCAUCGAGAAGCUGGUGGCCAUCAACAGGACGAGCCAAUCAGCUCGGGAGACCAAGGCUGCCUCCCACGUGCUCCAGACGGUGUGGAGCUACAAGGACCUGCGGAACAACCUGACCAAGGAUGGCUGGAACAAGAGCCACUUCCAGCCCACAGCGACUGGAGUUCCCAAGGGAUCCAAGGGUAGCAAGCCUGGCUACGAUGACACCACUCUUCCCCUCAUGGAGAAGAACCAAGGAAACAAGAAAAAUGGGAAUGGAGAUAUGAUACCCCUGGAUGAGCUUGGUCCAGACGGCUACUCCACCAUCGACAAGAGGGACAAGGACUGCACGUACAAGAGCGGUGAGGGCUCGGGCGACGGCACGGAGAGGGAGCCUUUGAAGAAUGAUACAAAUAGGAAACACUAUAUCAGGAGCAACAGGCCGACGGUCAAUCUGGUGGAUGCUUGUGAUGUUAAGCCUCAGCCUGUUGACUCUUGGGUCUAAAGUGCAUGCAUGGCCUAAAUAUAAGGACAUCUCAACUAGAAGAGGAUCUUGCAUACCACCACUGCCAUAAAGUCAUGGGCCUCGGGUCUGGAACCGACUCAUCAGCAGACUUAAAUGAAAGAGUGAAAAAGACAAAAACAAACAAACAAACAAGCAUCCAGCAGCAGCCAAUGUUUCUUGCUUUUUCUCAGCAAAAUACCCGAUAAGUACUUUAAAAAAAAGAGAGAACACUUACCACUUUUUCAUGCCUACAUUCCCACUGGAUAUAGAAGAAGUUCUCCCUUACUAAUGGAUGUGCGCUGAUGGUUCAAGAGGAUGGACAGGAACAAUGUUGGAGUGAAGAAAGUGAAUUCAGGGAAGACAUUACGGACGUGUGGUUUGAACGAACGGGGUGGGGAUGUGUUUGUGUUUGUGUGUGUGUGUGUGUGCGUGUGCGUGCGCGCGCGUGUGUGAGAGAGAGAGACAGACACACAGAGAGAGAGAGAGAGAGAGAGAGAGUGUGUGAGAGUGACAGCGCGAGAGAGAGAGAGAGAGAUUAUAUUCUAAGACUAAGUGUGUCUUGGAAUGAGUGAGUGUGGUGUUGUUAUGAAAGUCAUGUUUUUGCCUCGUUUUUUGUUUGUACAUUUCAGCAUCCUUUUUUAUGCUGAGAUAUACAUUAUAAUUUUUUGUGAAAUUGCUUUUUUCCAUGUUCAUUUUUCGUUUGUUUAUAUUUGAUUCUGCUUUUUUUGGUUUUGGUUUUCUGAUUUUUGAGGCUGGAAAGGUGGGGUUUUGGUGCGGAAAGAUGUGGAAGGGUUGAUGAAUGUUUUGUGGUUUGAGAUUUUUUUGGGGGCGGGUUUGGGAAUCUUCUAAAUAUAAAUGACAAAGGCACUGCGAAGGAAGAGUAAUACCGACUAAUGCCAUUUCAUAAACAGACUCUGCAGACAUUGUUUCACUGUGUUUCUUUUCACUCUCCUAGUGAAACUUUUUGGUGUAUGGAGUGGACAUUUUUACAGGAGGAUUUUACAGUCAAGUGAUGCUUAUCCAGAAGGUUCAAAAACGCAGGAAUGAAAACCAGCAAGUGGUGGUGAGAUUUGUGACGUGUGUUGUGUGUAACCAAACAGUCAGCAUGAUAGUAUUUGGUUCAAGGUGUUUUUCAUAUGGCCGUGAUUCUGGCAUAUUGGCAUACGUUGCCACGGUGCUGAAUGGUUGACCGUGGUGUGUGCUUUUCGAUGAGAUGUUCAAAAGGAGAACAAAAUUGACUGACUUUCAAAAUUGUACAGUUUGUGUGAAGAAAGCCAAGAGGAAUUACACAGUCUAAAUCAAAAGGUAGAUUUUAAAACAUUUUAUAUUUUUGUUGGUUUUAUAAAUGUAUAUUAGAAUCUGGAUGAAAAUAAGAAAAAAGAAUAAAAAAAAUAUCAAUAUCUUGAAAGUCAGCCGUCUAUACAUUGUCAGGUGAAUAUCCAUAACAUUUCAUGUCGGGAGUGAUGUCCGUGGAUCAAGCAUUACCAUAUUUGUACAAAAACUGAAAAAAAAAUACAAGUAAAAAUGAAAUAGUUGCUUACGUUUAUCAAACAUGUAGAGUCAUGCUGAGAAUCUAUUUAUAUUUUAUAUUUUCAAAGAAAGAGAAGAAAUUUAAUCUUACACUUUCCUUUAAGAUGUGGGGUAAAAAUCCAUUCUUGAAUAGACUUCAUCGCUGCCAAAAACUCACAAAGAUGGUGGCCAUAGUAGGCCACUUCACCCCUAACCACAUGUGCAGGGGCAGGGGACAGAUCAGGACAUGGGGACAGACACAGACCAAUGGACACACAGUCGGACUCAUUUCACUGCAGUCAUGCAGCGUUUUUGCUUAGGUCAUCACAGUACAAAAAAACGAGCGUGCUUUUGAUAUUGUCAGUGCAUCUGAACUACAUAACUGAUGCAAGCAUGACAGAAAACUAUAAAGGUGUUUGUUAUUUCUGUUUUAUGAGUACUGGAUUUUUUUGUGAUGUAAUUUGAAUAUAAAGUCAACAAAAAGAACAAGCAAACCCGGGGCAGCAUCUAGCCCGCACAUCUCAGCUGUCCGUGAAAUAAAGGAUAGGGAAAUCUUCGCUGAGAAAAUGUGGUUUUGUUUUACAUCCUUUCCCGAAGAGUAGCCUGGUAAAGUAGAUGAUCUCUCCCAGUGGCAGGAAAUAUGUUUUGCCUGGUGAGUUGGUUUAGUACUGCACCGACGUAGCCUGAUGGGCCAGACCAUUAAUUUUGAAUUACUUCGUAAUCCACGAGUGGUCUGAUUACGCUUCUCUGGGCAAGGUUCUCAGUCUGUGUUACUGGCCAAUAAGCGAACGCACUUGGGAGCAUAAUAACAUACGUCAUGAACGUCAACUGUCAGCGAUUAGUCCGAGCUCAUUUCAAACCAGAGUUGAGCUCACUCCUCCUGCCCAAGUGCUCCAGGGCACUGAGGAUCCAGACCUAAAAUGAAUUGUGAAGUAAUUAGUAAGUAUGUGGUCUGGUAAAACCAGGCUAGCACCGUCGGAGAUGAUGCAAAAGGACGCAAAAUCCGUCCUUCAACCACAAUUCUACCAAAAAGUUCAAGAAUUAGAUGAAAAAGGGAUAAGGGGUACAAAAAGUCAAAUGAACGGAACACAUUGUAAAAUACCUCUGUUGGUGGGUUCACCCUUAGUCUUGAAGUGGACACGAGAUCUCUUCUGAUCAGGAGGCUCUGCAUUGUGGACCGCUCAAUCCAUGUGUCAACUAGGCAAAUGGCAUGUGCCUGCAUUGAAGUUUUUGAGUUUUGUUAUAUAUAUUUUUUUCUUUGUGAUGUGACUUUGUAAAGCUUGCUGUUUUUCUACAUAGUGUUAUAACAGAGACUUCUAAUGACUACAAGUACAGUAUGUGUAUUAACUUUUUAAUUUCGAGGAAAAAGAAAAAAAAAUACAGAUGUGUGCUCUCCCUA